ACCGGAACUGAAGCCACACAGUUGCAGUUUUUUCACGUCAAAACAAUCCGGAAGAGGACACAUUGUGACGGAAAGGAUAAUGUUGUCGAGUGGCAGACAAACAUAGCGACCGCAGGCGGAGGUUGCCCCCACUGCCGUCGCUCCGUCCAGCCUCGCGUUUCACAUUCGAAGUCCAUUCAAACAUCUCGCAGCGGUGCGACACGGUGAAGAGCUGCGGCUCGUCGCACACUGGUUCAGAGGCACCAUGGGCAAUGGAAUGCAUAAGGUUGUCGAUGGGCUCUACCUUGGGAAUAUAAGAGAUGCCGAAAACAGAGAAAGUCUGUCCAAGAAUGGCAUCACCCACAUCCUGUCAGUGUACAACAAUGCUAAGCCUGUGUUUGAGGACAUGACGUAUCUGUGUAUUCAUGCAGCUGAUGCUUCCAGCCAGAACCUAUUACAGCAUUUUAAAGAGUGCAUCGGCUUCAUCCAUGAAUGUCGCCUGAAUGGUGGAUCGUGUCUUGUUCACUGCCUGGCAGGUGUGUCCCGCAGCACUACCAUGGUGGUGGCCUACCUGAUGACUGUCACACACUACAGCUGGGAGGAGUGUUUGUCCGCUGUCAAGGCCGUUCGCUCUUUUGUCGGCCCAAACUAUGGCUUCAUGCAGCAGCUGCAGGAGUACCAGGCGACACAAGUCUCAGAGUACCGAACAUGGUUAGAGUCCAGUUUCUGUCCCAGUCCAUUCAAUGACCAGGAGCAGGUGGGAGCGCUGCUGAGCCAGUACACAGAGCAACAGGCGAGUCAGAGGAGAGGAGCAGAUCAGCGCUGGAUAAAUGAGGGUGUAGGUGUCUGUGCUCUGCCAUCUGACCCUGAUGGUCCUGAAGGCAGCAGCUAAAAUAGAUGCCAAAGUCUUGCCAAAUUCUGUCUGGAAUCAACAGCAGCUAUUAUUCUGUACUCAAUUCGAAAUCAACCCCUAAGUUAUAUUCAAAUUCAUAUAACACUGAAAGCAUAGAAUGAAGCCAGCAAACCAAGGCUUUCAAUCCUUUUUUACAUUACUUUAUUUGCAACAGUCAUAGUAAAUUUUAAGCAAUGGAGGUUGAUUUAGAAUUGGUCUACAGACUCUUGUUCACUUCCAGUACCCCCCUUAACUGAGAACAGCCCCAACAGGGGUAUCAGUCCUCACAGACGCCUUACUCUAAACACCUCAGCACCUUUGCCCUGAUGAAUACACUAUACUUCCAUGUGGUCACAUCACACCUUCCAUGUCCAGCUUACAGAUGUGACUGAUCAAUGCUGUCUUAAAGGAACAUCUUGCCUGCAAUUAUGCGGAUAGCCAUGAAAACUAUUUGCUCCACACUACAGCUUGGGAAGUUAGCGUGCUUGCCAGAAUGGCAGCAUGGAAUAUUUGAAUAUAAAAAUCAUGUACGUCCUACUGAAAGCAAGCCCUGCUGCUUUGCACAAUUGACAUUGCAUGAACCGAUAAAAUACACAAUAACCAAACAUGAGCAGGUUCACUGACCACUUACAGAUGUUACAACAACAGUAACUACAUUAUGAUGCACAUCACUGCCAUGUAAUAAACAGCGUUUGUUCACACCCA